AUGGGUCUAGGGGCGGCCGUCCUCAUCCUCGUCGUGACGACAUCAGGUAGGGUUUCUGUGUCUAAUCCGUGGAAGAACCUGUACAGACUUCUCGGUCUGAAUUCUCAUGCGUUUACAGUGGUUGCACCGGCGGAGUCGACCCGAGUCUUCACCAUCGCCAACUACUGCAAGACCACCAUUUGGCCGGCGGUGACCCCCGGGGACAACUUCGACGGGGGGGGCUUCCCCCUCAAACCCGGCCAGUCGGCCAUCUUCAACGCCCCCUUCGGGUGGAGUGGCCGCAUCUGGGCACGCACCGGCUGCGACUUUGACCCCUCCGGCAACGGCACCUGCAACACCGGGCGCUGCGGGACCUCCCUCAAGUGCACCGCCUCCGGCGAGACUCCGGCGAGCCUCGCCGAGUUCACCCUCGCGUCCCCCGACUUCUAUGACGUCAGCCUCGUCGACGGCUUCAACCUGCCGUUGGUCAUCAGGCCCGUCAACGGCCGCGGCAACUGCAGCACUGCCGGCUGUGACGGCGACCUGCUCCGCGACUGCCCGUCGGAGCUGCAGGUCCUCGCCGGCGGUGCCGUCGUCGGGUGCCGCAGCGCCUGCGAGGUCUUCGAAACCGACGAGUUCUGCUGCCGGGGAGUUUACGGCAACCCGGUCACCUGCCAGCCGACGUCCUACUCGAGGAAAUUUAAGGCGGCCUGCCCCGCAGCCUACAGCUACGCCUACGACGACCCAUCCAGCAUCUUCACUUGCUCCGGCGCCGAUUACAUCGUCACCUUCUGCUCUGACAGGUCUCUCUCUCUCUCUCUCUCUCUCUAG